GUGGGAUUGCAAUUGGAUCGGCCGGUCGAUGCGUCGACCGAUAGCCCGGCGGCCGCUCCAGUGAUUUCGGAUUCGGGGAGGACGGCGCGGUGCUGCGCGGUGCUGCCUGCUACACUGUGAGGGGAUGGGGUCCUCGCCCAACUUCGGGGACCCCGCGUCGCCGCACGGCGUGGUGCGGCCUAAGGGGCUGUGGCGGCGCGCCAAGGACGCCUUCCAGCAGGAGGCCAUGGAGUUCUGCCUCUUCACCGGCCUGCACGGCUACAAGUACAUCGUGCAGCCCGGCAAGCACCGCGCCGAGCGCAUGUUCUGGACGCUGACCGUGGCCGUGUCCAUGGCGGCCGCCGUCUGGCUCAUGAUCGUGGCGUACGACUUCAACCGCAGCCACCCCACCAUCCUGGCCGUGGACACGACGCACAACCCGCUGUGGAAGGUGGACGCGCCGGGCGUCACCGUGUGCCCCAGCAACAAGGUCUUCAAGUCCAGGGCCAUCCGCCUCGUCCAGAGCCUGGACCUGCCCGCCGACGUGACCGAGGACGAGGUGCUGUCCGACCUCGGCCUCCUCGUGGAGCUGAUCGCGCCCCGCGCCACCAACACCACGCCAUUCACGCGCCUGCAGAACAUCCUGGACAAGAACUCCCUCAGCGUGGACCAAGUGCUGCGGAGGGUGACGCCGACCUGCGACGAGCUGAUGGUGCGCUGCCUGUGGAAGCGGCGGCAGUGCCUACACUGCUCCGACAUCUUCCGCAUGGUGCCCACGGCCUACGGCUACUGCUGCAGCUUCAACUACAUGGACCGGGACAUCCACAACUACAAGCCGCGCAUCGGCGGCUGCGUCGGGGUGUCGUAUCAGGACGUGCAGCGGCUGUCGGCGUGCGGCUACACCAACGGACUGUCGGUGACCGUGCGCAUCCGGCCCGAGGAGUACAUGUCCUCCUUCUUGGCCUCCCACGGCGUCAUGGUGAUGAUCCACAACCCGACGCAGUACCCCGACGGCAACGCCGACCUCAAGGUCGUGGGCGCCGGGACGGUGUCCUUCAUCUCCUACCUGGCGCAGGUGACGCAGGCCACCAAGAGGCUCCGCAAGAAGGUGUCCGCCGACAUCCGCAAGUGCCACUUCCCCGACGAGAUGUUCCUGCCCAUGUUCCGGACGUACACGUUCGAGAACUGCAUGGCCUCGUGCCAGGCCAACCGGACGCUCGCCGUGUGUGGCUGCGUCCCCGUCACCUACCCGCCGAUCCCCGAUCGCAAAAUCUGCAACCUGCUGGACACCCCGUGCGUCUCGGGGUUGGUCUCCGACCCGUCCCCGCAGCGCAAGGUGCUCAACGCGUCCAUGUGCCCGCUCUGCCGGCCGCUCUGCGAGAACAUCGAGUACUCCGUGGAGACGUCCGUCGGCGAGCUCGACUUCGAGUACGAGGAGGGCCAAGUGCUGACACAGGGCCUCGGGCUCAACGAGUCCGAGUUCGCCAUCUUCCACGUGUUCGCCAACGACCUGGUCACCACCAUGUACAAGAUGGACGAGUACAUGACGCGGGAGGACCUGCUCGGCUCGCUGGGCGGGCUGUCCGGGCUGUUCGUGGGCUUCAGCCUGGUGUCCGGCUUCGAGUUCGUGUACUUCUUCACCAUCCGGCCGUUCUUCCGGAUGCGAGCGCGGCAGGCCGCCAGUCGCGCCGCCAGCAGGGCCGCGUCGGCAGCCGCCCCCUUCAACGGCAGCGCGCCCCCA